AUGAGUGUCCUUACAACCCUCUUGCGACAAAUCUGUGCAUUCAUCGCUAGACACCCCGAACGACAUGUACAGCUCACAUGGCAAUUCCUCAACCCUAUCUACUACCUCACUGGCUAUGGCUCUACAUGGUCAACCAUCAGUGCCUUUUCCGUCACCUUCUUUGAUAUCAUGCAACUUGUCAUUACAUACCGUGGCUCCAAGACUCUUGGCCCAGAGUGGUUCCGAAUCUUCCCUGGUCAUUGGAGUCUGUGGUUGAUGCUGUUGUAUAUCUCUGCUAGCAAUCUGCAGGAGGGCAUCAAGGGGUGUAGGCAUUUUGCGUGGGUUGCUUGGAGGAUUUUUGUUUGGAGAUGGAGCGGCAGUGAAGAAAGUUUCUUGUUCUCGGGAGCGAGGAUUGUGCCGGACAUCAAGGAGUGA